AUGUCCACGAGUGGGUCAUCGAGUGCGGCGAGCGAUGCGGAGAGCAGGUCGUCGCGCGCGCUGUCGGGGCCCGACGACGACGAACGUCCAGACCAGCAGCCGGCGGCGGCCGGGGAAACGGGUGCGGCCUCAGGACACUGGCAGGAACCGGAUGCCGUGCGGGUGAAGGCCCCCUACGCCUACAUGAUAUGCGGCGCUUUGCUGGCCAUGCUGGUGACGGGCUUCUUGGGGUCGGUGGUCACGCUGAUCGUCCUGCCGAGUUGCCUUCGCGGACAGGAGGACGUUCGCCCGUGCGUGCCCCAACCUACGAAGCCCCAAGCACCCGUCACGCCGCCUACCCCUUCAACCCCAGCUGCUUCAACCCCUUCAACCCCAGCUGCUUCGACCUCUUCAACCCCUUCAACCCCAGCUGCUUCAACCCCUUCAACCCCAGCUGCAGUUGCUACCACCUCUUCGACCCCCGUUGUACCGGUAGUUCCAGGCCUUGUGGAUCCGCCCGUGAAGGUGUUCACGCGUGGCAAACUCUUCUACCGUUCGGCUUACAUGGACGAUAUCCGCGGACACCUCUUCGUCGGAGCCAUCUGGGCAAAGACGUGGACUGCCGCAACCACAUCUGCGUGGUGCAGCCGAUACGGGAUGGAAGCACGCUCUACAUCUGUGGCACCAACUCCAGGGCGCCCACGGAUUGGCAAGUACAGGCUGCAGACCUCACUCUGGUGCCGGCGGCCGACCAGGUACCAAUGGUGGGAACCAAUGUGUCGGAACAGGCGCAAGGUCGCUGCCCCUACUACGUCUACCAGACCUCCGAAUCAUUGUGGCUGGAUGACGUUUAUGCGCGCAGACGACGCGCCUUCGACCGGCAUCUCGAGCGUGGUGGCCCUGACCGCGUUGUCGACAGGCCAGUACGGCUUCUUCCGGUACGGCGUGCCAAACCCGCGCGGCCUCCUACUGCUCUCCACCGACUCCAGCGCCGUUCAGAAGCCCGACCUGGUAGGCGCCUUCUCAACGACCGAGCACGCCUACUUCGUGUUCCGCGAGGAAGGCAUCGAACGCAAGGCGUGCGGAGCCAGGAACCUUUCGACGGUGGCACGCGUCUGCAAGAACGAAGUUGGCAUCAGUACGCAGAAUGCCGACCCAUGGACGUCACUGAUGAAGGUCCGCCUGCGGUGCAUCGACAGCGCUGCAGCCAAUUUCAGCUUCGACGAAAUACACGCUUCCCACUGGGUUCGCGAUUUGGAGAGUGGCGUGCUCUUCGGUGCCUUCGUCUCUGUUACGCGUACGUGGGCCGGCGCCGCGAACUUCGACUCGGCGGUGUGCGCCUUCUCGCUUCAAGACAUCGAGGAAGAGUUUGCCAGCAGCACCUUCUACGAACUGAUUCAAAGGGACAUUUACACGCUGAGCCGUCCGUUACACCUCAGCCAAGUGCUGUCACCGCGUCCGGGGGUCACCUGUCCACCGGGACCUCGCACAAUGAGCUCUGCGGACGCACGGUUCUGGGUCACCCACCCGCUGGUCACAAAGACGCCCAAGCAGCGCCACAACCGGCCCUUCUACGCGCACGCGGGCGUCGCCAUCCGCAGCCUGGUCGCGUUUGUGCUCAACGAGACGUGGGGAGCCUGGGUCGUAUGCUACGCGGCCACCGAGGAAGGCGCUAUGCUGAAGGUGGCAGAAGAAAUCGCCGCCGGGGGUCAAGUGCCAGCUCCCGCGCGUUUGGUGGACACGUUCGCAGCCACUACGGAACCCAUACGGAAGAUGCUAGUUUCCUUGAAGCACCGGAGCUUGUACGUGCUGACGGACGUGGACGUGCGUCAAUAUUCUACGGACGCCUGCGAAGGACGGCACAUAGACUGUCCGUCGUGCCUCCUGGAUCCUUUCUGCGGAUGGGACGGCAACAAGUGUCUCCCUCACACUGAUGGGUCGAAGGCCACCACUAGGCGGACAUGCUGAAGGCACGCGUGUGCGGCGAAUAAUGGUUUCUUUUUGUUGACAUACGCAGAAUAUUAUCGCGCAACGCUUUGAGGCGCAUUUCGAAUGUGCAUAAUUUUGUUUCUUUAGCGCAAAACCAGCCUUUGUUAAUGUUCUCCAACGUUGUGCGUCGGCUGAAAUCGGUGCGCCACCGUUACGCCAAUGGCGGCUGUUUAUAUGCACCGCGGGCAAGUCUUCGAUGAGCGUGCGUCGGACCAAUGAUUGUUUCGCCGACGUCUGCGAAGCGAAUUGGACAUUACGCCGCAGGAAAACCGCUCAAUUUUGCUCGCCUUUGUGGACUAGUUUGAUGACGCGUUAUUUUAAUUUUUUGGAAUGUGCGGCCAUCCUCCGCGAUGAUGAAGUUAUUGCGUGGGUUAGAAAAAUAAAGUUGUGUAUC